AACCAUACAAAACGAUUUAUAAUUGUCAAAAAUGUAUCGGGUUCUAAUACUUACUUCUGCACUAAUUUGGGUAGCUUUGUCUUCCCCGUUACAAGACAGUUGUACUGUAACCUCGUAUGACGCAGUCAGUAAAGCCAUAUCCAGUUGCUCCAACAUAGUGAUUAAAGGUAUUACUGUACCCGCUGGUCAGACCUUAACGUUAAAUUUAAAAACUGGAGCCACAUUGACUUUUGAAGGAACCAUCACUUUUGCACACUCAAACUGGGCCGGUCCUUUAGUCCAAGUGUCAGGAAGUAAGGUUACUGUUAAGGGGGCAUCUGGAUCAAAACUUGAUGGCUUAGGUGCAAAAUAUUGGGAUGGAAAGGGAGAUAAAGGAGUGAAAAAACCAAAAUUCUUUAAAAUUAAAACUACUGGAGGAUCACUACUACAAAAUAUUAAAUUAUUGAACUGUCCACACCAGUGCGUGUCGAUAAACAGCGCAAGCAAUACUGUUCUAAAUAAGUGGACAAUCGAUGUUUCUGCUGGAGAUUCUGCUGGUGGAAAGAACACCGAUGGGUUUGAUAUUUCAAGCUCCUCAGGCAUUACAGUGCAAAACAGCGAAGUAAAGAAUCAAGAUGACUGCGUAGCUGUAAACCAAGGAUCAAACCUGAUUUUCAAAAACUUAACAUGCAGUGGUGGUCAUGGAUUAAGUUUGUCAGUAGGACAAAGCUCUAGUAGUGGUAGUGCCAAUACCGUAAAGAAUGUAACUUUUACCGACUGUAACGUCGUAAACUCUAGAAAUGGCAUUCAUGUUAAAACCCAUACGGAUGCUGGCACUGGUACUAUUAAUCUUGUUACCUAUAAAAACAUUAAAUUAUCUGGUAUAACAAACUAUGGAAUUAAUAUUCAACAAGACUACAAAGAUGGAAAGUCAACAAAUAGUCCAUCUAAUAAUAUUCCAAUCACUCAUUUAAAUUUGCAAAGUAUUACUGGAAGCAUGAGUGGUACUUCCAAAAGUAUGCCAGUAUAUAUUUUAUGUGGAAGCAAAGGUUGCUCCAGCUGGACCUGGUCUGGAGUAUCUAUAACUAAUGGAAAGAAGUCUAACAGCUGUAAUUUUACGCCGUCUGGAUUUUCAUGCUAAAACCUUUGUAACAUUUAAUUUUUAACUUAAAGACUCAUUUAUUGAAAAACAAAA